AUGCCGCUCGUGCGCAUAAGUGCCGUGUCCUGGACAGCGCAGGCUUUGGGCUUGGGUGGCCGACCUUUUAUUCACAGGCAUCCUUCAAACUUUGUUUGGCGGCAUGCAAGCUCAAAGAAAGAUGACAACGGGAGCGUGCCCGUGGCCGACCAAUUAGAGGCGGCACGCUAUCGUGGCAAAUGCUCCGUGGAGGGUCUGGUGCUUCCCAUCGCGGACGCAGAGGUGCCGGAGGAUGAUCAGACCUCCAGCAUUGACUCUCGCCUGAGCAAUCGGUUGCAGCCGAAAGCUAGCAGUCAGCGCUUGAUGGGUUCCACAGACGCUGCCGGGAUGUAUGUAGAGAUUCCGUCUGACAGAGUGGAAGACAAGGCCAAGGAGUACCAGGUGCACGAGAACCUGGAUCAUCUUGAUGCCUUUCAAAACGUGUACCGGCGUUUGCGGCGGACCGGGCGGGAUUCUGGCGAAAAGGAUGUCUCGGACUCCUUGCUGAAGGCCAUGGAGUACGCGAAGAAGAAGAAGGAUGGCAAAUCUUGCAGCACGAUCGAUGCUUGUUUGGUUGGUCAAGCUGUUGUUUGGCUAAUCGGCCGUGGGGGGACGGGAAGUGCGCAGCCGCCAAAGUGUGGCCUCAUUCAGCAUGCCAAUGCGGAGCAAUCUCGUAGAGCUGUGCACAUGGUGAAGAUUGCUACAUAUCGUGGGCAUGAGGAUUUGGAAGAGGAAGCUCCGGUGAAGUCGGCCAAUGACGCGAUGAAGAUGCUGAAUCAGGAGCAGGUGACGAAGGGGCAUGUGAACAUGCAGACUUCAGGCAAUGCGUCUGGCCAGACGCCACGGCAGUCGUUGUCAGGGCCUGGCUUCCAGCAGAUAUCGACCGAUGAGAGUGCUUGGCAGCUGCAGCAGGUGCAGCAGCAGGAGGCCAACGACAAUCAGGACCGCGAACGCACGGGGACCCCCCGCGCGAGUGUCUUGGCCUAUGACCAAGAGGCGGCAGGAGAGAGAGACGUGAAGCAAGUUUGCGACGGCGUCAAAGGCAAAGCCCGCAUCGCGGUGGGUGAUGGGAAGACGGCCGGGGAGCAAAAGAAGAUGCGAGAAAAGGGGCCAUUGCCGUUCAAGAUCAUCAGCUGGAGCUCGCAGAAGCGCAGCUAUCGGUGCGCCGCGCACAAUUUGGAGUAUCAUCCUGAACGACCAGACCCGCAGGUACAGCAACUUGCUGAGCUUGAAGCUGGCGGGGUUGGCAGCAUCGGAAACCAGUGGGAGACAGAUGCUCCACCAGAGCAUUUUCUUUUCCUCGAUUUGGGCUCGGAUGCUGACAUCUCGAAGGUCAAGAUUCGAUGUACUGGAACACUCUAUGACCCCAAGAACAUCACAGUCAUGCGUGCUAUCAUUGGAGUUAUGGAAGUUGUCGACGAGCACCAUCGCCUUGCUGAAGAGGCACAGCGAGCUCCCGAAGCCAGCGCGGUGAACUCCGCAGCGUUGAUCACUCGUGGGACCUGGGCAGUGAUUGCGCGAGCAUCCUUGAAGUCUGGGCCGCAAGCGCGGGACAGGCACUCGCACACCCUCAGAUUCCCUCCAAUCCGCACGCGUUUUCUUCGAAUCAUAUUCCACGCGUCCCAUUCCACAUCUGGAAACAUGCGCUUGCUGCACCCGCUGAUUGUGUACGGCAAGAAGCUCCCUCUUGUCACACAUCGCAAACUGUCCGCCACAAUCAUGUUCGACGAGCGCUUUAUUGAUGAGAUGGAGCGGGCUACCCGCAAGCUGGCACGCAAGUACCAUAUACCCAUCGACUGCACUGAGACGGUGCUAAAAGAGUUUUCCCGAUGGGAUACCGAAAGCCGUGGCUUCCUAAAUUACACUGACUUCAAGAAUGUGGUGCGAUCGUUGACCUACCGCCACCUGGGCCAGAAGGAGGACGUGAUGUUGCAAGAUAACCAUCUUCGAGCUCUCUGGAACAUUGUCGACAGAGACAGCAGCGGCUGCGUGGAUUUCGAGGAAUUCCUGCAGUGGUUCUAUUCCCACUUCCAGAAGGAGAAGCCUCCGGCGCGGAGCCUGCACUGCUCCAGGAUGGUGGACACUGUGACUGAACAUUUCUAUGCAUCCAUGGGCAUAAAUCGGCUCCGCUGUUAUGUCACGGCGUUGGACCCGCCUGAGGGUCGCUCAGCUUGCAAGCAUUAG